AUGACCUAUAUUCUCACCUAUUUCCUCCUAUUCACAGUGAUCGUGGGUGGAACAGGUCAGUGUUCCUUCCAUGGACCCUUGUUUCUCAUGUUGUGCUUGAACCCUGACCAGUCAUUAGCACUUUACCUCACAAGGUCCCGAUGGAUGCACUUGGUCCAUGUACCCGACUACCUUUAUCAUCGCCUCCCAUCAAGCUUUACAGCUGAUCUAGAGGCUGGGAUGAGCUCAUCCCACUUCGAUGUCACGGCCAACAUUGCCGACGGCGAUACGAGAGCUGGGCUUGAUCAAAACGCCAAGAGAGAUAUUCGAAGGAUCAUGAAAGGCCGCCGGGUCAAUUUCGACGAAGCACGUCGUAUUUACACGGAACAACGAUUUGCAAAGAAUAACAUUGGACCGGACGGCCGCCCAAGAGACCCAAAAUUCGUUUCGUUCUCAUAA